UAUGUCUUUAAUCAUUUAUUUUUGUUAUGUAAAGAAUGUUCAAGUGCUCUUGGUAUGGAGAGUCGCCACAUCAAAGAUGCUCAAAUCACUGCAUCUUCACAAUGGAAUGGAAAUCAUGCAGCAAUCCAGGGAAGAUUGAACUUUAAGGCUGGUGGAGGCAAGACAGGAGGAUGGUCAGCUCGGUCAAAUAAUGGAAAUCAAUGGAUACAGGUGGCUCUUGGCAGUUACACCAAAUUAACAAGUAUAGCAACACAGGGAAGGAAUGCUUACAGCCAGUGGGUAACGGCAUACAAGCUGCAGUACAGUGAAGAUGGAGUGAACUUCUACUACUAUAAAGUACCAGGACAGAGUUCACCUAAGGUACAUAAAUUACCAUGUGUCAGAUAUUGAAAGCUUUUUGGGUAUAUCUCAAGUCGACCUGUAGAAAAUGAACCUUUAAGUGGACAAAAAUCUGUUGAUAUUCAUGUUGUAUCAUUAUUUGAAUUGAAUAGUAUAUUGACAACUAAAUAAUGUAAAAAAUAUUGGCAUGUAGGUGAUUAUGCUUUGCAUUUCUAAGAAUUGCUUUGUUCAACCCUUAAACUCCCAGAAGUGAUUCCCAUGUAACUUCUCCCAACAAUAUCCAUCCACUAUCCAGCAAACAGGUAAUGAGAAUACUCAAAUAUAUCAUGUAGAAGUUGUUAUCUUGGUAUAAUACCAAGUUCUUGCAACUAAUUUACAAGGAAAUGUGUAACAGUGAGAUGUGAGAAUUGACAACCAGAUCAUGGGAGUUAAAGGGUUAUUUAAUAAGCAAUUGAUACUUGACUAAACAGAAUAAUGAUAAUUACAAUGAUGUUAAUUUGUUAUGGGAAUCACUUAUCUUACUAGAUUUUGUAUGUUGAUCAUUUAAGGUUUUUAAAGGAAAUAAAGACAGGGAUAGUAUUGUGUAUCAUAGAAUAAGCCCACCAAUCCAAGCGCGUUAUAUCAGACUCAGACCCACAGCAUGGUAUCAUCAUAUAUCACUCAGGAUGGAGUUGUAUGGUUGUCUAGGUAUGGUAACUGUUACUCUGAGUCAUUAAUCAACAUUAACUUAUGCUUGGAGUACCUGCUCAUCCAUGUAUAUUGUCAAUUGACAAACAGUUCUGUUAAUUAUUUUCAAAUAUUUAGAGAUAUUGGGCUAACACAUAAACAUCAUCUAGGGAUUGCAAUUGGGUGCAAGAGAGAACUUCUAAUUUUGGGGGAUUUUGUAGACGGAAUUAUAGGGUAAGGAUGUUGAUGUGUGGUUGAUUGACAAAAGAUGUACAAAAUUAAGGAAAUGUUUUUGAAGGACCAAACAUUUGGUACUUGUAAAUAUGCACUUGGUAGCAAACAUUUUAUUUUCCAUAUCAUGCGGUAAAUUGUGUUGCUCACAUUACAUGAUGAAAGUCGUUUUGUAGGGAUAACAUGACAAUAUAUUUUACUUGAGAUGUUUCUUAUCUUGUAGGUUCAAGUUAGUUAAGGACUUAAGUAUUUCACACCAAUUUUACAGUAUUCACAAAAGCCAAAAAUUUAUAUUAAAACCAAACAGUUUGAGGUUCUAUUUCCUCAGCUAUUUGGUGUUAAUUUGAUAAAGAACAAGUUUCAACUGGUUACUUUGACAUGAAAGUAACCAUGUUUUCCAAACUUUUUCUAACUUAAAGUUGAUUUACUAAAAGCAUUAUAAUUUGCCAAACUGUCUGUCCUAUGAAAUGCCCCAAUUACAAAGUUUUUAUUUCACUUCAUUAAUUGUUUACAAAAACACCUGUCUAUUCCAAUAAAGGAAAAUGUAAUUAGAAGUAAGUCACUGGUUCCCAGGAUGGUGCAAGUUAUGCUGAGACGUCUGAUUGUUUUUGUGACUUCUUGAUGAGCUAUACUUAUGAAAUUCAGGGGAUUUCUCAUUUAGAUUUGAAGUUAACGACCCUGAGAGCAAUCUGGGAAUUUUCUAUAGAUCUCAUCCAUCACAUAGGAUACUGUACCUGCAUGCUUUAAAAGGAGUAAAUUCUUCGAUUACUAUUUUGUAAGAUUUUUCAGAUAAUGAGAACUGUUUGCUAUAAUUAUUGUGUGAGUGUGAAUUGUGUGGUUCUGCAUCUGCAGUUAUCUGGUAAGAAGUCUUGUUACAGUAACUAUAUCUACACAAGAACCGAUGGAUUGCAAAAUGUCAAGCCAACAAAUUGCAUAUUUUGCAUGACUGUAAAAUAAAACUGCUCUUUCACUUUCUUUAUUUCUGUAAAGAAUGUUCAAGUGCUCUUGGUAUGGAGAGUCGCCACAUCAAAGAUGCUCAAAUCACUGCAUCUUCACAAUGGGAUAGAAAUCAUGCGGCAUUCCAGGAAGAUUGAACUUUAAGGCUGGUGGAGGUAAACAGGGAGGAUGGUCAGCUCGGUCGAACAAUGGAAAUCAGUGGAUACAGGUGGCUCUUGGCAGUUACACCAAAUUAACAAGUAUAGCAACACAGGAAGGAAUGCUGAUAGCCAAUGGGUAACAGCAUACAAGCUGCAGUACAGUGAAGAUGGAGUGAACUUCUACUACUAUAAAGUACCAGGACAGAGUUUACCUAAGGUAAAUGUAGAGGCAGUUACUUGGUUUAAAACUGUUGAAAAUAUAUUCUUAUCGCCCUUGCGAACUGAAUUCCCAGUUUUCUGGGAAUUCCUAGGAAUUCCUAGGAAUUCCUAGGAAUUCUCAAAAAUUCCCAAUUAUGCAAAUGACCCUUGCAAACUGAAUUCCCAGUUUUCUGGGAAUUUCUGGGAAUUUCUAGAAUUCCUAGAAAUCCUAGGAAUUCUCAAAAUUCCCAACUAUGCAAAUUAGCUCUGAUUUAAAAAGCUUGGAAUUACUGGGAAUUUCUGGGAAAGGAAGACUCCAGUUUUGUGAGGACUUGAAUCCCUAGGAAUUCCUAGGAAUUCUCAGCUUUACAAACUACCUAUAAUUUAAGAAGUGUGGAACUCUUGGGAAUUUCUGGGAAUUGAAUUUGAGGCAAUUUUAAUACCCUGAGGUCCACAUAAAUUCUAAGAAAUUCUCAAUACCUUGAAUGUGAAGGUUUUAAGAAAAAGAGUAAUUUCAGAGGCUUAAAACUUUGGCUCAAUAAAAGGUAUGCUAUACAAAACUUACCAAGAGAUAUACAUACAUGUACAUGUUUAUAACUUAAAGAUCAUGAAAUUUAUUACUCAAACUAAGUUUUAGUAAAUCUUUACAUUAAUAUGGAUUUUCUCAUGAACCAGCUGUCAGUUAUGUUAAAUGGAAAUUGCCAACUUCCACAAUAAUUAACAAUAAUUACAUUGUUAUCUAACUUCCCUAACCUACAUUACUGGUUGCCUUUGUUAGAAAACCUCGGAACAGUCAAGCUCAGUUGCCUCCAACGCUGUCAGAGACUUUUUGUUGACAAUACUUUUAGUAGAAAUUUCAUGCCUUAGACAAACAAAUUCAACAACUUAUUAAUCUUUCUUUUUUCAUGAUUGUUGUUGCUGCUUUUUUUUCAGUUUUUUGCUCUAUUUUCAAGACUAAUUGCUGUAAUUUGUUUUGCUGUUUUUAUUCUUACAAAACAUUUUUGUAAGAGUUCCAAUACUUGUGGAUCAUCCACACACUUUGCAAACAUUUGGCAUGCAGACAAGACAGAGGUAGUCAAUGUUCCCUUUGAGGAAAAACACCUUUUAUAUGACGUCUUCAAUUUACUUUAUUUGAAACUCUGAUCUGAAAAUAUUUGUCAACAAGACUUGUUAGUAGUGAGAAAUACCAACUAAGUUUCCUUUCAUAACUUAAUUUCUUAAAUGUCCCAAUCACUGGAUCUCCCUAAAAACAUUACAUCUUUUUAUUAUUGGUGCAAAUUACAAGUCCUUCUUUAUAUAAAAAUGAAAAGUGCUAGUCACACUUCAAUAAUAACAGCUCUUAAGUUUACUUGUUGUUCUUCUCUGUCUGUCAGCUAUCAACAAAAUUGUUUUAUACUUCGGGCAGUGCAUAACUAUUUGUGGACCAGAGUUCCAACGCACCUCUGUAAUCGCAUAUAGCUACUUCUGUCUCUUGUACAAAUGUUUCUCCUUUGUAAGACGCACUCUACUCUGUUGUCAAUACUGCUUUAAGUUCAGUGGAAACGACUGACUGAGGAAUCGAGAUGGCGGUGUUGGAACGUGUUGCUGAACGCUUUCUACGGUCAAGCUUUGUAGAUUUAGGUACUGGUACACUGGGAUCAUCUAUGUAUCUCUUAUACUUCCGAAUGUGGUAUCCUUCUUUUAUAAAUAUGAGGGUAAAAGACGAUUUGUAGUCGCAUUCAAAACUGUGAUUGGCUUGUGUUAUUUCUCACCUUUGCCAUUAACACAACUCAAGUGAGUUUCGAGUCUUUGUUUCCUCGACAACUUUCGGCCACAAAUCGUGCUUUUUAAUACGAUCGAUUCUUGUCGAUUAUUUCUACAUAGAGUGAGCUCACAUCUUUAUUUAUAUCACCAAGCUAUCCAUCUUCUAGAAGCAGAGAACCGGUCGGAGAAGUCAGAAUAAAGUUGGGCACUUCUCCUAACACUGCAAUCGGCAAGCCAGCGGAUUCUCUCUGCUAGCCAAUGACAAGUCCUAAAAAGAUCCACGUGAUCAUGCCCGUAAUCGGAAACAAAGAAGACUCCAUUUGGCGCUCAUCUUUGAAUGUACUUUUCAUCGGUUGAUCGCUUUUCUCAACUGUUUUGCUUAAUAUAACAUUUCUAAAGAUAGCUUUUAUUGUGGUUCAAUGGGAAAACGAGAAUAGCGUGAGUGUUGUAAAAAGAAAAAGAAAGUCGUUGGCGCCGUGGAGUUAAAAGAAGGGACAACAGUUGACAUAUUGACUGGUACAAACAAGGGUCGAAUGGCCAUUUGUAAAGCUACGAUUUUGAAAGUUUGUGGUGAGUAAAAUUGCGAUAUUCGUUACGUGAUCAAAAUCUUAUAAAAGAAUAGAUGUAGCGGGUUGGAUUAAACACAUAACGCUCGGCGCAACUGAAACUAGAAUAAUUCUGAGAAUCGAAUCGGUCCUUGCAUGCCGCAGUUUCUUAAGCUUAUUAUGCUUUACAAUGAAAUAAACCUAUCAGUAAGGUUUCAAGAUUCCUCUAGUCACGUUUGGGAACAUUCAAGAUUCAAAAUAGGAACUGUUAUUAAACAAACCUUAGUACAUAAAAAGCCCUCCUUGGUAAAAACAAAAUAAUGUAUUCAGCCCUUUUUUAGUAAAAUCCAUGAGAGAGAUGUACUAACUCCAAUAUGAAAGUCACUCAAUAUAACAGAGAUUUCUCAAUUUGAGAAUCAAUGAAUGCCCUUUUCCUCAUAGCCAUCUUAAAAGCCUGGUCUGAGCUUUAAAUAUACAUAUUUUAAUAUAUUAUUUUUUUCAAAUUCAGAUGUCAAGGAAUCCAGAUACAAAAUGGUCAAGGUUCUUGUUGACAACCUCAUUCAAGGCCAACUCAUUGUGAGCCCAGGAAAAAAAAAAUACAAACAGUAGAAACAGCAGCUAAGUUUGCAGUUUAGGAUAACUUCAUUCUAAUUUAUUGUUACAGUUACAACAAGAUUUUAAUCAAAAAUCAAUUUUAUUUGACUGUAAUUAGCCCCUUCACUCCCAAAGAGUGCUUGGUUUUCAAAUAUAACUUAAGAUAUUGUAUUUUAUGGAAAAGAAUCAACAGAUUUUAUUCACAAUUUGUGUCAAACCAAAUUUAAUGAUUGAUUAGAACUAUUUUAUAUGAAUAGCUGUAAUUGAGGAUUAAUCCGUAUGAAGUUUUCAAGAAAAGAAAAAUAAAUCAAAUUCCAUCCUAAUAUUACCACACAUUGAUGUUAAUAAUUAAUCAAAAAUAUUUUACAUGUAAGCCUUAAAUUAAACUUCUAAAUAAAUUUCAUUGAAUACUUGAAUUUUAGCUGGGUUUUUUUAAUUUAAAGUAUUUAUUUUAUAUCAUUAGCCUCAAAUUUUUGCUUAAAAUUCCCAGUAAUUCUUAAACAUUCCUAAAAUUCCCAAAAAUUCCCCAGAAAUUCCUAGGAAUUUUUUAGAUUUACAACUUUUUCAGGAAAGUCAUUGGUUCUCUGAGUUGGAAUUCCUAGGAAUUCCUAGGAAUUCCUAAAUUCCAAGUCCUGUUGGCUAUAAACUUGGAAUUUCUGGGAAUUUCUGGGAAUUUCUGGGAAUUUCUGGGAAUUUCUAGGAAUUUCUAGGUUUUAGAACCAGAGUUGUUAUGGUUGGGAAUUCCUAGGAAUUCCCAGUCCGAAUUUACCGUGAAAAUUCACCCUUUAUUCCUAGGAAUUCCUAGGAAUUCCUAGGAAUUCUAGGAAUAAAUUCCUAGGAAUUCCUAGAAAAUCUAGGAAUUCCUAGGAAUUCCAAAAGCCAUUCAAGGGGUGUCUGCACAGUAUACAGGUAACAGUUAUUAUAUGUUGCAUGUAGUCCUAUUAAUUUAUCUGCAACGACCAUUAGGGGCUUAUAAUGCAGUCUACCAUGGAAUAGGUUAAUAAUGCCACAUAUCUAGCCUGGCAUUCAAAAUUGGUCUUUCUUGACUUUCUCUUGCAUAUUUACAACAAGUGCAAUAAACACGUUACAAUUUUAAAUGUUAGUUGAAACUAUUGGAGAAUCAUGCAUAAUCCAACAGGAAUGGCGAGACUGUGGUAGCUGACUACUAAUAUUACUUGCAUGUAUUUGUAGGUAUUCAAAGGAAAUAAAGACAGAGACAGCAUUUUUUAUCACCAGUUAAACCCACCCAUCAAAGCUCGCUACAUCAAACUUCGACCAACAUCGUGGUAUAAUCAUAUAUCGCUAAGAAUGGAGCUGUAUGGUUGCUCAGUAGGUAUGAUUAUUAUCUUACACCAACUUAUUUGGCACUGAAAAUUGGAAGGGUGAAACACGUGUUUUGAUUAUAACCAGCAUAAUGCUGAAAUAUGGAUAUGGCAAGAAACUCCAGAUUGUUAGAUGCUACAUUAUGACAUAGGUAGAAAAAUUUCUGCUUGAUCGAAUUUUGUCUAACUUUUAACUUUUCAAUAGAACUGUACGUACCUACCCACAAACAUACCUACAUACCUCUGUACAUAAACACACACUCGUGAACUGUUCUUUUACCUUCUUUGUUUCUGUAAAGAAUGUUUGGCACCUCUUGGUUUGGAGAGUCGACGCAUUAAAGAUGCUCAAGUCACUGCAUCUUCGCAAUGGGAUGGAAAUCAUGCAGCAAUCCAGGGAAGAUUGAACUUUAAGGCUGGUGGAGGCAAGCAAGGAGGAUGGUCAGCUCGGCAGAACAAUAAAAAUCAAUGGAUACAGGUGGCUCUUGGCAGCUACACCAAAUUAACAAGUAUAGCAACACAGGGAAGGAAUGCUUACAGCCAGUGGGUAACAGCAUACAAGCUGCAGUACAGUGAAGAUGGAGUGAACUUCUACUUCUAUAAAGUACCAGGACAGAGUUCACCUAAGGUAAAUGUAGUAUCAGUUAAUUGGCUUUAAACUGUAAAAAUAUAUGCCUAUAGUUGCACGGUAUAACAGUUAUAACAUGUUGCAAAUAGUCCUAUAAGUUAUGUGCAAAUACCAAGGGGCUAAGUGCCUGAUCAUGCAGUCUACAAUGGAAGAAGUUAAUUAUCUAGCCUGCAUGGCAUUGCGACAAAAUUGGUGUUUCUUGACUUUCUCUUGCAUAUUUACAACAAGUGCAAUAAACACGUCACAAUUUUAAAUGUUAGUUGAAUCUAUUGGAGAAUCAUGCAUAAUCCAACAGGAAUGGCGAGACUGUGGCAACUGAUUAUUAAUUUUACUUGCUUGUAUUUGUAGGUAUUCAGAGGAAAUAAAGACAGGGACAGCAUUGUUUAUCACCAGUUAAACCCACCCAUCAAAGCUCGCUACAUUAAACUCCGACCAACAGCAUGGUAUGGUCAUAUAUCACUAAGAAUGGAGUUGUAUGGUUGCUCAGUAGGUAUGAUUGUUGUCUUACACUUGUUUUGGCACUGA